AUGGCCACCUGCUGGCAGGGCCUAUGGGCCUAUCGCUCCUACUUGAUUGUACUAUGUCUGCCCAUUUUCCUGUUGCCUCUGCCAAUCAUUGUCCAAACUAAGGAAGCCUACUGUGCUUACUCCAUCAUCCUCAUGGCACUGCUGUGGUGUACCGAGGCCCUGCCCCUGGCUGUCACGGCCCUAUUCCCCAUCAUCCUCUUCCCCCUGAUGGGUGUCAUGGAUGCCUCUGAGGUCUGCGUAGAGUACUUCAAAGACACCAACGUACUGUUCUUUGGGGGGCUGAUGGUGGCCAUCGCCGUGGAACAUUGGAACCUGCACAAACGCAUUGCCCUCCGAGUGCUCCUUAUCGUUGGAGUGCGGCCUGCCCUACUGCUUCUGGGCUUCAUGCUGGUCACGGCCUUCCUCUCCAUGUGGAUUAGCAACACGGCCACCACAGCCAUGAUGUUGCCCAUCGGGCACGCGGUUCUAGAGCAGCUUCAAGGCUCACAGAAGGAUGUGGAGGAAGGCACUGACAACCCUGCCUUUGAGCUCCAGGAAGCAAGUCCCCAGAAGGAGGUGACCAAACUUGAUAAUGGACAGGCUGUAUCUGCCUCUUCGGAGUCAAGAGUACAGAAGACCCAGGACCAUCUCCGCUUCAGCCAGGGCCUGAGCCUGUGCAUUUGUUACUCGGCCAGCAUCGGGGGCAUCGCUACCCUGACGGGCACCACCCCUAACCUGGUGCUCCAAGGCCAGGUGAACUCGCUCUUCCCCAAAAAUGGCAAUGUGGUGAACUUUGCUUCCUGGUUCAGUUUUGCCUUCCCCACCAUGAUCAUCUUGCUGAUGUUGGCUUGGAUAUGGCUGCAGGUCCUCUUCCUGGGUUUCAACUUCCGGAAGAACUUUGGCUUUGGGGAAGGGGAGGAAGAGCAAAAACAAGCAGCCUUCCAGGUCAUCAAGACCCAGCACAAGCUGCUGGGCCCCAUGAGUUUUGCAGAGAUCACCGUCACCGUCCUCUUUAUUAUUCUGGUGGUGCUCUGGUUCACCAGAGAGCCAGGCUUCUUCCAAGGCUGGGGUGACAUGCUUUUCGCCAACGAAAAUGGGCAAAGCAUGGCAUCAGAUGGGACAGUGGCCAUCUUCAUCAGCCUGGUUAUGUUCAUCAUGCCCUCCAAGAUUCCAGGACUGACCCAGGACCCAAAAAAACCAGGGAAGCUGAAGGCUCCUCCUGCCAUCCUCACCUGGAAGACAGUGAACGAUAAGAUGCCCUGGAAUGUCGUGAUCUUGCUGGGUGGGGGCUUUGCCCUGGCCAAAGGCAGUGAGAGAUCAGGGCUGUCUGAGUGGCUGGGAGACAAACUGACCCCGCUGGAGCGCAUACCGCCAUCAGCCACAGCGGUCAUCCUCUGUCUGUUGAUUGCCGUCUUCACCGAAUGCACCAGUAAUGUGGCCACCACUACGCUCUUCCUGCCCAUCCUGGCCUCCAUGGCACAGGCCAUCUGCCUUCACCCCCUCUAUGUCAUGCUGCCCUGCACCCUGGCCGCCUCCCUGGCUUUCAUGCUACCCGUGGCCACGCCGCCCAACGCCAUUGUCUUCUCCUUUGGAGGCCUCAAAGUGUCCGAUAUGGCCCGUGCCGGAUUCCUGCUCAAUAUCAUCGGGGUGCUGGCUAUCACACUGUCCAUCAACAGCUGGAGUAUCCCCAUCUUCCACCUGGACACGUUCCCCUCCUGGGCCCACUCCAACACAAGCCAGUGCCUUCUCAGCCCGUCCAACUCCACCGUACCAGGCCUCUAGACUAGGCUACCACCUAGCUCUGCUGGGGAAAGCCCACCGGUGCCACUCCUCAGAGCCAGGAGAGGGCGC